AUGGCGCGGAAGGCGCUUAAGGCCGUGCAAGAGAACACCAAGGUGAUGAAGAAGCUGUAUAAGCGGCUCGACAAGAUGGAAACAGGUGGCGCCACACUGCAAAGCGCGAGCCAGGCGCCUGCCGCGCAGACACGUGCCGCUCCGCGCGAGAAAGGUGACCCGGGCAUCUCUCCGGGGGACUUGGCGCUCCUGCAGGCAGCAGUGAAACUCCCGGCGUCGAAGAAGUUCGAGGUGAUGCUGAUGCCGACCACCGAGGAGGACUUCUGCACGUGGGUGCUGCGCACGGGGCUGUUCCAGCAGCAGAACUACGCGACAUGCGCGGCUGUCCCUGCCGACACUGAGCACGGCAAGGCGUUGGAGACCGCCUCGCGCGUCCUCAGCACCACCGACGCGGCGGUGCUGAGGCGAUGGACGAAUUGGCUCAGCCGGCGGCACCGCAACGAGUCCAGUGCGCUGAAGAGAAUGAUACUCCUGGGGUUCCUCACGUGGUCGGCGCACGGCGCGUACGAGAUGGCGCAGGAUGUCGAGUCAGAUGAUGUCUCGAGGGACUUCGGUGUGUGGGAGCCGCCGCGGGCGGAAGGGCGGGCGAUCGCCGAGAUCUACCUUUGGGACAACGAGCGCGCGCGGACGGUUGCCGCGAACGGCUUCGAGGCGCUCAUUUUCGUCCGCGACAGGGAGGGCAAGGUCACAGGCUUACAGACGGGGCAAUGGUCACUGCUCUGGUUCGUCCGCGCGUUCAUCGGCGCCAGUGCGAGCCUCGCGUCGGUCCUCGUUCCGGGCCGCGACCCGGAGAUGCCCGUGUUCUCCGACGACGUGGACAAACUGCUGCACGAGCCGAUGGACAACAAGGGCAACAACGCCGCCACAUGCGCCACGAGGGGACUGGCGCGCCUCACCCCUGCGCUGCUCGGGCACAUCAUGUGGGAGUUGAAACGGGCGCUGACACAGGGCCACAGGCCCGACCGCUUCAACAACAACAUGCAAGUUCUCGGCGAGCAGCAGGAGCUCUUCUGCAAGUUCGUGUACCCGCACCUCAAGAUGUUCAAGACCGACGCGUACAAGAGCGUGUUCCUUCCGGACUCCGAAGCCGUCGGCUGGGUGCCUGCGAACAUGUCCGCGCACGCCGCAGGGGUGAUGCGCAAGCUCGGGGAAACAGAGGCGGUGGACGCGGCGGUCAACGAUGCCGUGGCAGAGAUGGCACCCGCGGAGGUCUCGGGCGGUGAUCCGCCAGGACAGGCAGCUGCGCCCGCAGCGACUGCCGGGGCGGAGGACGCGCGCGACGCCGCCGGUGACGGUCCGGCAGCGCGGCCAGCACAUGCCGCGCCCGCGGGCGUUGCCACUGGGGGCCGCGGCCGGCGCGCGGCCGGGCCGCAAGACGGCGCUGCCGUCGUCCACAGGGCGUGCUGCGCGACAGGGUGUGGCGUGAAGCGCGGCGCGGACGUCCACGAGUGCCCGGCGUGCGGGUUCGCUUGGCACGAAGAGUGCCGCACCAAGAUCGCGAACCGCUGGCGUGCAAAUGGCGAGGGCGAGCUCUUCGAACAGCGUCUGGCGUGGCCCUGUCUCAGGUGUGCCGGUCAGAAGGGCGGGGCGGAGCUCCCGCAGUUGUGGAAGGACAACUUUGUCGCCUUGCCCGUGCGGCAGGCGGGCAGGCUGCGCGACGCGCAGCUGCCGGCAGCCAUCAGGGACAAGGCGACGCAGGGCGCCGGCGCGGGCGGCAGCCAGGGCCCGCGGCAGAAGAGGGCGAGGACGUGA